AGGAGCAUUUGAACACAACAUAGACUACAGUAACUGUCAUGGCGUCUUCCUUGAAGGGGGUUUGGUAUCCUUAACAGUAACUGCUAUCAUAUUUUUAGGUUCCUCUCCUAACGUAGUAUAGCGUAAAGAGGUUAAGAGCUGCCGAUAUCUGAUAUGGGGACAGUCCAUGCUAAGAGUCUGGAUCCUCUUCCAAUGCAUGGCAGGGAUUUAGGUAUCAAUAAUGAUGAUUUGAUGGAGCCUCCAGAACAUGAGCAGGAGUCCAAGCAGGAGAUAUUGGAAAACAAAGAUGUAGUCGUGCAGCAUGUCAACAUCCAGGGUCUGGGGAGAACCAAAGAGGAUCUGCUUGGCUAUGAGAUUUCAGAUGUUUUCCUCGCCAGAAAUCUCAUUGAUGUGAUGAAAAAAGCUCAUCUUGCUAGGCAGAGGCUUCUGCGCCUGGGAAUUUUCAAAGAUGUAGAGGUUCUCAUCGAUACAUCUGAAGGUACAGAUGCUCUGCCUAAUGGUUUGGAUGUAACUUUUGAAGUCACGGAGAUAAAGAGACUAACUGGAUCCUACAACACCAUGGUUGGCAACAAUGAAGGAAGCAUGGUCCUGGGCCUGAAGCUACCUAACAUGUUUGGCCGGGCUGAGAAACUCACCUUCCAGUUCUCUUAUGGGACGAAGGAAACAUCAUAUGGCCUAUCCUUCUUCAAACCACAGCCAGGAUACUUUGAGCGCAAGUAUGGCCACAACCUCACUCUUAACAUGUAUAAAGUCACCGGACAGUUUCCAUGGAGCUCCUUAAAAGAGACUGAUAGAGGCGUGUCUGCUGAACUAAGUUUUCCUUUUGGGAUGACCAACCACACACUCAAAUGGGAGGGUGUGUGGAGGGAGCUUGGCUGUCUUGCACGCAGUGCUUCGUUUGCUGUGCGAGAGGAGAGCGGACACUCAUUAAAAUCUGCCAUUUCGCACACUAUGUCAGUGGAUACAAGAAACUCUGCAAUCUUUCCCAGCAGAGGUGCCUUACUUCGCAUCAAUCAGGAGUUGGCUGGAUACACUGGAGGAGAUGCCAGCUUUUUGAAAGAGGAUUUUGAACUGCAGCUCAACAGACGUCUGUUUUGGGAUUCUGUGUUGUCUCUUUCACUGUGGGGUGGUAUGCUUUAUCCCAUUGGAAGUGAGACAUCUUGCAUUGCUGACAGAUUUUACCUUGGUGGUCCAACCAGUGUACGAGGCUUUGGCAUGUACAGCAUUGGGCCCCAAAGUGAAGGUGACUAUCUGGGUGGGGAGGCCUACUGGGCAGGUGGGCUGCACCUCUAUACCCCUCUACCAUUCAGACCUGGAAAGGGAGGCUUUGGAGACCUAUUUAGAACACACUUUUUUCUAAAUGCAGGCAACCUCUGCAACCUCAACUAUGGUGAUGGUCCCCAGGCACACCUUCAGAAGCUUGCAGAGUGCAUUCGUUGGUCGUAUGGAGUGGGAAUUGUGCUGCGGCUGGGAAACAUUGCUAGACUUGAGCUCAAUUAUUGUGUGCCUAUGGGGGUUCAGAGUGGAGACAGGAUAUGUGAUGGUGUCCAAUUUGGAGCAGGAAUUCGCUUCCUGUGACAAUGCCCCCUCUACUUCUGCAAAAUAUGAUAUAAAAAGAGAGAGCAUCUUGUCACUAAUCACUUCUUACUCUUUGUAAAGCGUGAAACACCUGCAUGGAUCUUGCGUUGUAGGAAAAUGAGUCUGACCUCCCCAAAUCCUUUUUACUUACCUUUGACGUUCUUAGACAACAAACUGUCAAUGCUGGGCUAUACAGCUACAUAAGCAUUUCAUAAAUAAUUUGAUUUGAAAGUAUAAACCAUAUUAAAGAUAAGAGUUCUGAGCAUUAUCCCCAGAAAAUGGUCAAAUUGUUGGUGGUUUUGUUUUCUUUUUCUUUGCAUUGUCCACCGCUGGUAUUUUAUUUGUGGUAAAUUUGUCCACCAGUCUUUUCAGCUACUGUAUUCACUGGGGUUAUGCAAAGAGAGAUUUUUGGCAUCCCUUUUUGUCUUUGAGACCCUUUCUAAUCCAGAAGCAUAAUGUAUGAAUCAGAGUUGUAAAGUUAACAUUUUUUACAAACUAUUGAUAAGUUAAGUUUUACUGGAUUUGAUUUUCAGUGUUCAUCACUUGGGCUAGUUGCAGAGGUGAAACUCUUCCCCUGAUAAACAUUCACCUCAUGUGUUUAUACUGUUUGCCUUGUUUUUGAUGUAGUCAAAGUUAUUGAUGAUAAAUUAAAUUUGCUCCCUUGGUCUAUUUUUUUCUUUGAUUUCUACUGUCUUGAAUUGAGCAAAAUUAUUUAAUGGAGGGCAUCAGUUCUGUGUCUGGCAGACUGAUUGAUAUAUUUUAUGUUUCCUACCAAAAAGAGCUAUUUCCUGGAGAUACAGUAGUUUCUUAUAAACUUAGUAUUAUUUGACUGAACUGUGCAGGAUUUUUAAAUUUGGUUUAAACGGAUUUUAACAUCAGUUAACCACGACUGAAAGAUUUUGAAACUUGUAUUUAUAUUGUAAAUAUAUCAGUUAAAGGAACAUCCAGGUCAGAAAAAAAUACUACCAGGUCUUCAAAUUGAAGCUUAGCCUGAAUAUGAUUCUUACAUAGUAGCUCUAUGAUUUAUUGCACGCCCCUUUUGAUUUUGAUAUGUAUGUCAGUAUGUUGCCCUGCUAGCUCUCAGCCAAGAGUUUGAACCUUUGCUCCUCAGGAACUUGUUUGGGGCUGUUGAGUGUGGAUUUGGCAAGAUUCAGUGAUUAAAACUUGUUCUGUGUGAGAGUUACGGCAGGUGUACACCAGAGGGGUGCUGCAAAGCAAACAGCUACAACGUAAGACCAACAAGAAAAUUAAUGUAUUUUAUUCUUGUGCUUACUGUUUUGGGUUUUUUGGGAAAUCCCAUGGAUGAAAGAGAAAAAUAAAUUAGAAUAGACUUCAAUGAGUGAAAUUAUAAACUAGUUGACACAAGGUUAGAAUGAUUUGUUGGCGAUUUAGUUUACAUUUUGGAAUAUGUAUAUUAUUAGCUACCCUUAUUCUGCUUAAGAAUUCACUUUAUGGGCAAAAUGUGUGAAAGUCACGUAAACAUCUUUCAGUUUUUCUUGGCAAGGGUUUCUUGAUUUUGGAUAUAUUCCAGAUGGUCUGUUGUAAGGUCAUGUAACGUACUGUAAACUAAGAAAAUUUGAAAGCAAAAGAAAAUGUUGAACUAAUCAUUAACGGAUCCCAGCUGAAAUUGAGCAAGAGCAGCUUAUUACUCUAACAGGUCAUUAGUCCAUCAUUGGGCAGAUGGUGAGCAUGGUAAUAUGUAUGUGGAAUACAGUUGGAUACCCAUGUCAUUGCAAGUCACUAUACUAACAUGACAAGUAUUUCUGAUAUGGUUGGAGUAUUUUCCCGUGUAACUGUUUUUUACACAUGAAACCCAUGCUUUGCUUGAGGGCCAAAUAAAGCAUUUAUUGAGCACUAACUGUGAUAACUUAGUUUUGGUCACUUUAUAGAAAAAAGUAUAUGUAUAUGUUAAAUGUUUAAUAGUCUUGAAUUUACAAAUGACUACAGCAAAACACAUGACAGAACUACAGUUACUAUCAUGGCCUUUGCAAGUUGAUCAGCUUCCUAAAUGUAACCCUGCUUACGGCAUGUGCAACAUGACCGCGCACGUAACAAGGAGACACGUAGUAACCCAAAGCGCUGGUGGCGAGUAUAAUCUGGCUCUAGCAAGCGUGUACCACAGCAACUGAGUCUGUGUCACGUCACGCGCACUACAACACACUUAAGGGGUUGGUGGGGACAGUUGCGUGGAAACAUCAUUUGAAGGUUGGAGAAAUUUUUCACCAUUCGGAAUUCAUUUAUUUAUUUAUUUAUUUUUAUACAAAACGCCGCCAUUAUGUUGUGGACGGCGAAUCAAGUCUUAAGGAAAUUCUCCUCCUCGUCCCAUUACUACCAAAAUAAGCUUAAACUAGCUAUAAUUGGGCAGAGCCUAUUUGGACAGGAGGUAUACAGCAACCUGAGGAAAGAUGGUCACAAGGUUGUGGGUGUCUUCACAGUUCCUGACAAAGAUGGCAAAGCAGACCCCUUAGCUGUGGCAGCAGAGAAGGAUGGAACUCCAGUUUUCAAGUUUCCGAGGUGGCGAGUUAAGGGGAAGCCUAUUCCGGCAGUGGUGGAGGCUUAUCAAGCAUUGGGUGCAGAGCUCAAUGUCAUGCCCUUCUGUUCCCAGUUUAUCCCUAUGAAUGUCAUCAACCACCCAAAGCAUGGCUCAAUCAUCUACCACCCUUCUAUCCUGCCCUUACACAGAGGAGCCUCUGCCAUCAACUGGACACUUAUCCAAGGUGAUAAAAAAGCCGGAUUCACAGUGUUCUGGGCAGAUGAUGGACUGGACACAGGCCCUAUUUUGCUCCAGGGAGAAUGUCCUGUUGAGCCUAAUGACACUGUGGAUACACUGUAUAACCGCUUCCUCUUCCCUGAGGGCAUCAAAGCUAUGGUGCAAUCAGUGCAACUUAUUGCUGAUGGAAAGGCACCUCGAAUUCCCCAGGCUGAAGAAGGAGCGAGCUAUGAGGGUAUUCAGAAAAAAUCCAAUGCCAGGGUUGACUUGGCCCAGCCAGCUGAGGCCAUCCAUAACUGGAUCCGUGGCCAUGACAAAGUCCCAGGGGCUUGGACUAUCAUUGAUGGUCAGGCCGUGACUCUUUAUGGCUCAUCCAUGAUGGGGACCUCAAUACCAGCUGGUGAGCCUCUGGAAAUUGAGGGGGCCUCCCAAACGGGUAUUGUUUCAAAGAAUGGGCUCAUCUUGCAUGGAACUGAUGGAAAAGCUCUCCUGGUGAAGAAUCUACAGUUUGAAGAUGGAAAGAUGAUCCCUGCUUCCAAGUACUUCUCUUCUGGAAAAAGUUCCAACAUAGAGUUGACUGAUGAUGAAAAUAAAAUGGCAGAUGUGAUCAAGAUCAUCUGGAAAGGCAUUCUAAGCAAUGUACCAGUCAUUGAGGACAACACAGACUUCUUUAAGUCCGGAGCUGCAUCCAUGGAUGUUGUUAGGUUAGUGGAGGAAGUAAAGCAGAAAUGUGCUGGUGUCCAAAUACAGAACGAGGAUGUGUAUAUGGCUACCACAUUUCAGGACUUCAUCCAGAUGUUUGUUCGCAAGCUUCGAGGCGAGGAUCAGGAGGAAGAGCUGGCGAUUGACUAUGUAACCAAAGAAGUAAACAGCAUGACUUUAAAAAUGCCACAUCAGUGUUUUAUUGAUGGCAAGUUCGAAGAUGCAGAAGACACCAAGACCUAUGAUACCAUUAAUCCAACAGAUGGAUCUGUCAUCUGUAAGGUAUCCUAUGCCUCAGUGGGAGAUGUGGAUCGGGCAGUGGCAGCUGCUAAAGAAGCUUUUGAUAAUGGACCAUGGGGCAGGAUGAACCCAAGAGACAGAGGAAGUCUGCUAUACAAACUUGCAGAUCUCAUGGAGGAACAUCAGGAAGAAUUGGCCACAAUUGAGUCCAUUGAUUCAGGAGCUGUGUAUACAUUAGCUCUCAAGACACAUGUUGGCAUGUCCAUUCAAACGUUCCGCUACUUUGCUGGCUGGUGUGACAAGAUCCAGGGCAAGACCAUUCCAAUUAACCAAGCCAGGCCCAACCGAAACCUGACCUUCACUAAGAAAGAACCCCUGGGGGUGUGCGCAAUAGUUAUACCGUGGAAUUAUCCUCUCAUGAUGCUGGCUUGGAAAAGUGCAGCCUGUCUAGCAGCUGGAAACACACUUGUUCUCAAACCUGCACAAGUUACUCCACUGACUGCGCUGAAGUUUGCUGAGCUUUCAGUGAAAGCUGGAAUACCCAAAGGAGUCAUCAAUAUUUUGCCAGGCUCUGGCGGAAUGGUGGGACAGCGUCUCUCAGAUCACCCAGACAUUCGCAAGCUGGGGUUCACUGGCUCUACGCCAAUAGGCAAACAGAUUAUGAAGAGCUGUGCUCUUAGUAAUCUGAAGAAGGUUUCUCUUGAGCUUGGAGGAAAAUCACCUCUUAUCAUCUUCAGUGACUGUGACUUGGACAAAGCUAUUAGAAUGGGCAUGAGUUCCGUGUAUUUCAACAAGGGUGAAAAUUGCAUUGCUGCUGGCCGUCUGUUUGUUGAGGAGUCCAUACAUGAUACUUUUAUCAGCCGAGUUGUGGAGGAAAUCAAGAAGAUGAAAAUUGGAGAUCCUCUAGAUCGCUCCACAGAUCAUGGCCCACAGAACCACAAAGCCCACUUGGACAAACUGCUGGAGUACUGUGAGACUGGUAUAAAGGAGGGAGCAACACUGAUCUGUGGAGGCAGACAGGUGAACAGGCCAGGUUGUUUCAUGGAGCCCACUGUUUUCACUAAUGUGGAGGACCACAUGUUCAUUGCCAAGGAGGAGUCAUUCGGCCCUAUUAUGGUGGUCUCAAAGUUCAAAGAUGGUGAUGUGGAUGGUGUGCUUCAGAGAGCCAAUGACACUGAGUAUGGCCUGGCAUCAGGCGUAUUCACCCGUGACAUUAACAAGGCCAUGUAUGUGAGUGAACGACUGGAGGCUGGAACCGUGUUUAUAAACACAUACAACAAGACUGAUGUUGCUUCACCUUUUGGUGGUUUCAAACAGUCAGGGUUCGGCAAAGAUCUUGGAGAGGAUGCUCUCUUGGAAUACCUCAAGACAAAAGCAGUUACUGUGGAGUACUGAGACUUAGACCUAGCCAGUGAAUUCAGACGCACACCUCAACGGGAAACAAAUAGUAUGGUGCAAAUUUUUUUCAUACAUUGUGUGCUAGUACUGCAUUGAAAAACAGUUUGUUUGUUUUUUUACUUGAGAGCAUGGUUGUGUCACAGAUCAGAGGAAAUGCCUGUCUUUUUUUGGUUUUCUCUGAAAAUUCACAUGAUUUAGAUUUGCUACUGUUUAGAUUUGCUACUUAUAAAUCUGUUUGGAUUUAUAAGCAAUAAUUUAUUUAGUGAACAAACGUAGGAGUUGGUUUAACAUCCAGAGCAAAACAUUCUUUUCUAUCUACGGAAGCUCAAGUUUUUUGUUAUUACCUGUAUGGAUUCAAGCAAGAGAAGUUUUGCCUUUCUCCUUAACUUGUGAUUCUGCCAUGAUUUUUCCAUAACAUUUUCUUGGGGAACUGUAGAGAUUGACAUUGCAUUUAAUUUAUGGACAUACAUUGAUUUUGAAUUCUGCCAAUGAAACACAGAAUAGUUGAGCUAAACGUUAAAAAUGAUUUAUGAAAUUUAGAUUUCAGUCUUAUGGAACAGCAGUUGUUUCAGAAACGACUCACUCUAUGAUCAUUGAUAAAAUAAUUGGUUAAGAAUUGCAAUGUUCAAUAAAUGUCCUGCUUUGGUGCUAAGAUUUCUUUUGGUGUCAUUACAUAAUAUCAAUCAUCUCCAUGAGACUUAAUAGUCAGUAACUACAUAUUAAUUUGAGUUAAUAUGUGGUCACUUCAAUGUUUUAUUUUCUUACACUCAAUUUCUUGACUUGGUUGUCCACUAGAUUAUUCAAGAUGCCAUAGAUGUCAUGCACAUUCUAGCAAGGUUUUUGAAAUUUUGAUAGAUGUAUUGUAGAAAAUAUAAAUAGUAAGUUGUAAUCAGCUAGUUUGAGAAAGAAAUGGCAUUAAUUAAUUAACUUAUUUUUCACUAUAUAAAGAUUACAGAAUAUAUUAACUUUUUUGAUACCCAAUACAUGAUUGUAAAAAAAAUAGGAUUGUGGGCUGUCUCUUGAUCUCCAUCUGUACUUUGCAUAAUACAUGUAUUUCUCACAGUUUCUUCAAACAUCCUAACUGUAAACAUUCAUUCUCUUUCCAAUGCCAAAUUUGACUGUAAAUAUUGCAUUUUAAAAUUGGAUAAAAUGAGGAUUUCAUAUAUUUUUUAAUCUUUAUUUGUCAUAAGAAGAUUUAUAUAUUUUAACAACACAUUGUAUUCAGUGACGACACUCUAGGUAGACUUUUUAUAAGUAUUUCAAAUUUGCUCUGUGAAAUGGAAGCAGGGGCAAUGAAGCAAGUAUUGUAUCUUUCAUUGUCCAGUGAAAUAGAGAGAUCUUUAUAAUGUAUAUUCUAAAUAAAGCUAUCUUCUUUCUGCAAUCUAUUUUGGGAAUAAAAAAUGUUUUUUAUUUAUUUGUGUAGA